CGUGCUCGUCUCGCCAGUAGCAGAGCGGCCGGCUUGCAGAACACAACGGCUGGCGGCGGCGCGGCCGGCUCGCAGAUAUGCUGCUGUUUGUGUUGGCUUUAUUCUCCCUGGCGCUCUGGCUUCUGCUCAGCUGGGUCAAGAUGAAACCCAAGAACUUCCCUCCAGGCCCUCCGUGCCUGCCCGUGCUGGGCAGUGUCCUGUCCCUGGCUGGUGCGAAGCCGCACCUGCGGCUGGAGGCGUGGCGCGAGCAGUACGGCCCGGUGGUGGGGCUCGUGCUGCCCGGAAGCGUCCCCGCCGUCGCCGUCUGCGGCGCCGACGCCGUCUUCGAGACGCUGCGCCGGGACGAAUUCCAGGGCCGGCCCGACGACCCAGACCUGCGGGAGCGCACGCUCAACCAGCGCCUCGGUAUGCUUUUCAACGACGGUCCGGCUUGGGUGCAGCAGCGGCGCUUUACUCUGCGCCACCUGCGGGACUUCGGCUUCGGCAAGCUCAGCAUGGAGGGCCGCAUCCUGGAGGAGGUCGAGGACCUGCUGUCUUCCAUCCGCAACAACACUGUUGAGGUGACGGAGCUGUUCCCGGUGCACAUGGUGAACAUCCUGUGGGCCAUCACGGCGGGCGCGCGCUACGAGCGCCACGACGCGCGCCUGCGCCAGCUGAUAGACGGCGUCCAGAGGACGUUCCGCUCAGGGAACCCCACCGGCGCCACGCUGGGCCGCAUCUUCCCCGUGCUCAGGACCCUCGCCCCCAGGCUCGUGGGCUACGAGCAGGAGGUCCAGUCCAGGAGGGAGCUGUACGGCUUCAUACGGGAGGCUAUACACGAGCACAUGAAAACUCUAGACGAGGACAACCCACGAGAUUUCAUCGACGUCUACUUGCGGGAAAUGAAGAACUCUGGAGAUCCCACGUUCACUGAAGAUGGACUUGCGGCUAUAAUCUUCGACCUCUUUGCUGCUGGAUCUGAUACAGUUUCCAACACUCUGGCCUUCGCCAUAAUGUACAUGAUCCUGUAUCCGGAGGUCCAAGAGAAAGUGCAGAAGGAGCUGGAUACUGUGGUCGGCCAUUCUAGAAGAAUUUCACUCGAAGACAGGCCACGGCUGCCGUACUUCGAGGCUGUGAUAGCUGAGAUUUCCCGCAUAAACACCACUGCACCCAUGUGCCCCCCACACGUAGCGCUUAAGGACACCACUCUACACGGCUACAACAUACCUAAGGGUACGUGGUUCUUCAUCAGCCUGUGGUGCGCGAUGCACGACAAGGGGCACUGGGGGGACCCGCACGUGUUCCGACCGGAGCGCUUCCUGGACAGGGAGACGGCCGCCUUCACGCGGGACCCGUACGUCAUCAACUUCGGCACGGGCGCGCGCUCCUGCCUCGGGAUGCCUCUGGCCAAGAACAACCUGUUCCUCUUCCUGGGCGCCAUAUUGCAGGACCUGGCCGUGUCGCUGCCGGCCGGCGAGCCCAGGCUGUCGACGGACCCGCUGCCGGGGCUCACGGCCGCUCCCAGGCCGUUCAGGGCGCACUUCGCCACCAGAUGAGCAUCACAACACCUGAGUCGACGCUUCUGAGUUCCAUCCAUAUAUGUCUGUCGUCGAAACAUAAUUUGUAUUUCUGUUGAAUUUGGAAAUACGAGUCUAUUAUGGCGACUUUGUUUUUAUAGCUACGAAGUGUGUAAUGUUACAACUGACAAAAUACAUUACAAUUAUGUUAUACAUAAACUUGUUGCCUCAAUAAAGACUGCUACUAUCA